AUGAACCUUUCAGUAUUCAAAUCUGCCUUGUCCAACAAAACUACGAAUGAUGACACUAAUAAUACUGUUUCCCUGCUGCGUAAUGCAGAUUCGUCUUUCAGUGGUGGUGAAUCUUCUAAAACAGCUUUAUUUCUUCUUCAACUAGAAGAGUGUAUGUUAUCUCAAGGAAAUCACCUAGAAUCUAACAAGAAUGCUUCACCUAAAAUAUUUGUAUGCAGAUUUUGUGGAAAAGGCUUUCAAAAACAGAAGUUUUUCAGUGACCACGAGUUGAUGUGUCAACAGUCAAUUCAAGAACGAGCACGUCGAAUUCGUCUUAGAGCCAAUAAAAGACAGAAGUUUUUCGUUUCACAGAAAACUAAUACUGAAUUGGAUAUGAAUUUAUGCACUGAUAUUACUCCUCCAAAUCAAGAUUUCGUCCUUUGUAAUUCAGAGGAUUCAGUUUCAGCGCUUAGAAGAUCCACACGUAAUAGAACAUUUCAUACAUUUUGGAAACCUAAACCAACUCGUCGAAAGCGUAAUUUUGAAUCCGUCUGCUGAUUAAAUAUAAACAGGCUCAGUUCUAAAAUAAAUUUUCAGG